AUGAACAUCUACUUCUCCGUGUACCAAGCUCGCGACAAUAAUUCUCUGUCAGAUCACAAGCCCAAGUGCGAUUUCUUUGACCAUUCUAGUGGAUCAGCGAAGGACAUGCCCGACAGCUCCAACACGGAUCCCAGGGCACACCGAUCUAGUGGUGGCCUGAGCCCCGAAUCGGGUUUCUCCUCUGCGAUUGCACGCAUCUGCGACAAGAGGAACAAACCAAUGUGCAUCUUAUCACGGGAUUUUGCGUCGUACGCAUCGUCGCGGACGACAGGCAACUCGAGACGUCAUGAAAUUCGGGUGCUCGACUCGAGUCUCCAAACCCACGAACGCUCCCCGGAGCAGAUUAUUCUCAGCAAUCCCGUGAACGAAACUCCAGAGCAUCAGGGAUUUUGGGCCGAGGUUGUCGAGACCGGCGAACCGAGCUCGAUACUUGCAAAUCUUCAGACCACGUUCGGCUACCCUCAGGAUGUCAUCAUCAAUAACGAUGCGAGAGUCGGCAGCGUUGCCGGCAGUCCUGAUGCUACAGACCCAACCGACGACAGUAACAAUGACCGCUCGGGAAUGGGUGCGAUACAGCUUAUUGGGAACCAAUCUUUCGGAGUUCAGUUUGGCGGGGGAUUCAUUGUGGGUGUUGUAAUCGGAGUGCUUGGGUAUAUUCUGUACAGGAUAAUAGCAAGUCUCUUCAGGAGACGACGCGUGAGGGCACGCGAUCGGAGCUCUGGCGAUACUCGCGAAAGCCAGGUCGAUGGUGUUACCGAAGCGAAUCUGUCUUGA